CGUUCGGGCUUAUACAACGAAAGUGUAUGAUGACCCUGACAAGCUUCUUUUUAUAUCAUCGAUCUCCGACGUUAAGUAUGGCUUUACAUAUCUAGAUGGCACAGGAUUGAUGCAAUUAAUUCGUCAGGAUGGAAACAAUACUGACAAUAAUCUGUAUCGUGCUUAUCCACUUAAUAAUGGAUAUGUGUUGGUAACGCUGGCGAGCGCUAACAAAAGUGUUGUUGGAACGUUAGUCGAUUGGAGUGGGCGGGUGUUACAAAGUAAUGUAAUGCUUACUGAUGUUCCUGUCGACGGUGGAUCUCCACCGCUUGCAAAAACAAAUGUCAACGCAGAUAAAGAUUUUCUUGUGGCGACUCGUAAUAAGAAUGUGAUUUUAUGGAAAAUUUUUAGCGCACCCAAUAGCACGGGUAAAACAACCCAAUUGUACGAAGGCAGCAUCACAGGAGAUGACUACAACAUUCUCGUUGAUCACGAAAUCUUUUCUACUACAGAAGGCGGUUAUGGCAUAGCCCUUUUAAAACACAUACCAAAAUUCACUGAUGAUCCACGCAAUUCCAAAGUAUUCUAUGCUUAUCCACAAUGGCUCUUGUAUGUUACAUUCUGGCAACCCGGUGCUCAACAAUUUGACACCCCUCGUCUAGUUUGGCAGAACCCCAACCCAAUCCCGAAUAAUCGCUUUGUGAUAAACGGGUGCGCGGUGGCUGUUGACGGAACAGGAUAUUUUUGCAUCGUAAAAAUCCCUUCCGAAGAUGCUUAUGAUAACGUGAAAGUGUCAUUCCUGUCUACCGGUUCAGUAACUAAUGUCAAUGUUAUAGUGAAUGGCACUGCCAAUGGUACAACUGUGAAGGAAAUAUUUGGAAUACGGCAGAUGCCAUAUGGCGGAUUUCUGGUGGUAGAAGUCGACGUGGGUGCUUAUACCGGCUCACCUUAUUCCGUAUCUGUCAGAAAUAAUGAUGGAUCUAUUAUACAGACCUUUAAGUUGCCAGACGCAGGCGUUGGUGACUUUGCAGUAUUUCCGAAUAACACUAUGUGGACUGGAAGUCGGGGGUCGUCAAACACAUCAGUAGCUUUUGUACCCCUUCCUAAACUAUUGCAAGAAGAUGCAGGAUUCAAAAAUCUUCUUGUUGAUUCAUCAGUUCCGCCAUCAGGUUCAUUCGUCUCUUCAGAUACUACAAAUAUAACAUUGAUAUUCAGGAAACAAGUCGCUCUUUCGACACAAAAUAUUUCAAUUUACCAAGAGACAGACAGCGAUCCUAUUUUCAGACAAGGUUUCAGUGCGGAAUCUGGUUUCUGUUCUGUUACAUUAAAUGAAACGGCGGUAACAUGCAAAAUAUUUAAGAGUACUUUCAAUCAACCUGAUGCUACAUAUGAUGUUGUUGUGGAUAAUAAUUUCGUAAUGCUCAAGAGUUUGAACCAGCCACUUACCGGAGUGACGAAGGGCAAUUGGGUAUACCAUGGAGACACCACGACAGGUCUUUUAAGGCUGACACCUGAAGGAACGAGUUUAUUUGAACAAUUGUCUACCGAUGAUAGGAACUCUUUCUUGGACUCUAUGGUUACAAAGCUCACUGAGCUUGUCCCCAUUAAUCCGUCACGUAUAACCACCAACAGACGAAACCAACCUGACCCUAAUGCACCGACUCAUCAGACAUUGUUUCCAGUCACUCUCGGGGCGACGGACGAUAAGUCACAGAGAACGGUACAGCAGAUUAUUGAUGAUCUCGACGAAUUAAUUAAGAAUAAAGGUUAUAAUUCGUUUUCGCGGGAGUAUCCUACUAGCUAUCUGGAUGAAACGUAUGUGUUUUCACCUUCUGUCAAUUUGUGGGAUGCUUACAAAUUUCAACUACUUGCCUUUUUUGUUGGUCUAUGGGUAUUAGCAAUAAUAUACUUUUUGGCAAGACGAAAGUACCCAGAGGGUCAAAAUUUCAUGAUCGUGAAGCUUACAAUAAUACUUGUAGAUUUGAGUCUCGACAUAGCAUUUGUACUCUUAAGUGCAAAAAACGUUCCGCAAAUAUAUACACCAAGGUACUAUCAUGUAGUUUACGAUUAUUGCGAUCUUGCAUUUUCAAUAUUAAUGAAGGAAAUAAGUAAAAAUGUGAAAUUUCAGGAAUGGUUUAGUAAGAAUGUAAGAGUUGCCUCAGUGUCUACGCUAUUAGCCGGUGCCGAUGUUGAGGUUAUUACAUUAAUCGGAUCCAAAUUUGCUGGUUUGAAAAUGUUUUCUGCACCUUUGUCAAAGAUUGCACUGAAUCAGGUUUUCUGGGUUAGCACAUUAAAUUUGGUUAUUGAAGAUAUUCCUCAGUUGAUUAUUCAGAUACUGUAUAGAGAUCUAACAGUCUCAUAUGAUAUCAUUCCACUUUUGUCAUUAGUAAUGAGCUCCAUCGUCUUGACGUCUAAUAUUGUUGGACGUGUUUAUGAUGGAUGUAUAAGAUGGAAAGAAAGGAAGCGAAGACACAGUAUACCAAAAGAUGAAAUGCUUGUCACUUCUGAUGUACAAGAGGAUGAAUAA